GGGAGACACAUUAGAGGAAACACGGCUGAAGUGAAGAGCUGAGGGGAGCGAGAGACAUAGAAACACACAGAGAGAGAGAGAAAAAGAGGAGGGGGAAAGAGAGAGAGAGAGGGAGAGAGAGAGAGGGGGGGGUGGACAGGGACGACAUGUGACACUAAAGAGCUGCAGCGUAACCUGAACUGUGACAUUUAUAUGUUUCAUGGGAGGCAGACGAGACUACUACCUGUGGAGAUGGGAAGCACCGCCCCCCAAAUGAGCCUGAAUCUGACCGAGCAGAUGACCAACGUGUCCUCGGAGCCGCCGCCGCCGCCGCCCGAGGACGGCUACAGCGAGGCCACGAUGAUCCUGCUGGGCAUAAUCAUGUCCGUUCUGGUUUUGUGCAUCGUCUUCGGCAACAUCCUGGUCAUCACGGCGAUCGCGAGGUUUCAACGCCUUCAAAACGUCACCAACUGCUUCAUCACGUCCCUCGCGUGCGCCGACCUCGUCAUGGGGCUCAUCGUCGUCCCGUUUGGCGCUUGCUACAUCAUCUUCAAGACUUGGCAUUUCGGGAAUUUUUGGUGCGAGUUUUGGACCGCCACCGAUGUUCUGUGCGUCACCGCGAGCAUCGAAACUCUAUGCGUGAUCGCUAUAGACAGAUACUUAGCCAUCACGUCGCCUUUCCGUUACCAGUCGAUGCUGACGAAAUCCAAAGCUCGUAUCGUCGUCGUUCUCGUGUGGGUCAUCGCCGCGCUCAUCUCCUACCUGCCUAUUCACAUGAAAUGGUGGAUCAAGAACGGGACGGAAGCCAAAAAGUGCAUGGAAAAUAGUAACUGCUGCGAGUUCUACACCAACAUGGCGUACGCGAUCACGUCUUCCAUCAUUUCGUUCUACAUCCCGUUGGUUAUAAUGGUUUUCGUGUACAGCCGCGUGUUCCAGGAGGCAAAACGCCAGCUGAAGAAGAUUGACCAAAGCGUUGGACGUUUCCACAACAGCGACAACAACCUCAAAUCCUUAGAAGCGAAUAACGGGCGUGGUCAAAAGAAGGCCAAGUUCUGCCUGAGGGAACAUAAAGCUUUGAAGACUUUAGGCAUCAUCAUGGGGAUUUUCACUCUCUGCUGGCUACCGUUUUUCAUCCUCAACGUCGUGGUGGCCAUUUGGGAAGUAGACAACAUCGAUCUCACUUUCAGGAUCCUCAACUGGAUAGGAUACGCCAACUCCGCCUUCAACCCUUUGAUUUAUUGCCGGAGUCCCGAAUUUAGAUACGCCUUCAAGGAAAUUCUUUGUCUAAAAAGGACCAGGCUAAGCAGCAGCGCCGGGCCAGUCAACGGAUACGUGUACAGUAGACACAGCUGGCAGAGCGAACCCCACGGCCGGAGUAAGGGGAGCUCGGACGACAGCGAGGGGGGCAACCAGGAGGGCUGUCCCGCGAAAGACGAAGGAGUGGUGUGCAGUAUGAUGGACAGGACCGGGGUAGUGGACCCCAACGGGAACUGCAGCAAGAGCCUAACGACUGUAACGACUGUACUUUAAGGAGAAAAAAAAAAACGCUGGGGGACAUUCCAGACAUGUUUACAAUAGCGUUAUGAACUGUUUUUUUUAAAGAUGAAGGUAAGACGACUCUGAGGUUAAGAGUUUGGAAAGGAUCAGGGCAGUAACGUGUUCAAUAUGUUGCGUUCAGCUUGAGUAAAUUGGUGAUAUCGAGAACAAAAAUGGAGGAUAAAGCCAAAAUAAGUUCAAUGGCGCAUCCAAAACAUGAAAUUUAUCGAAGUCGAGUGCGUUUUGUUGGGUAUUGGAUCUCCCCAACUGUUUUUGCAAGGACCAUACAACAACAACAACGAUGUGCGAUAAAGAUAUUUAUUGAAAGACUUGGGAUUGGGGCGCUAUUUCAGGUCGAUUGGGGAUCCCUCCUUCUCUGUAGACGCCAAAACCUGAACAAGAGACGCAGGAAGGGACGGAGGGGUCAAAAGAGCAAAGACAGGGCUUCAGGGUAAUUAGAGUUGAUUAUUUUUACAAGAUUUUGUUUUAAAUGUGAACCUUUUGUGUUAUCGCAAAGCUAAACGCCAGGUUCGAUAUCACUUGAACGCAACACGUUACGCUAAAGUUCUUUUCCUCUUUCCAAACAUGAAGUUCUUACUGUAAGCUUAUCGUAAACCACUUUUAUUACUUUGGCGUCUGACAUCUACCUCACAUGUUUUUGUUUUAUAUUCAUCUAACCACUACACCCAUUCACUCCCCCGGUGGCUCGUAUCGCACGUUUAUUCAUCUGCGGAUUAUGCCGUUGGGUCCGAUCGCUCCCGUUGAAACCGCGAGCGAGCUAGUUAACCGUUUUACUUCAAAGUAGCUGGUGAAAAGCGGUCGGAGGCUGCGAAUUCCACGCGCCUUUGCCAAUUGGACACGGACACAUUGGACCAGUCUUAUAUUGUGUAAUGGAGACUCAAAUGUGAUGUACGAUGGUGCUUUUCUUUCAAAGACAUACAUUCCAGAGGCGUUUUGGAUUAAAUUUGGCUGUUUUUUUCUUUUGGUUCAAACGUGACGAUCAACAACAGGUGAGGCUCAACCUGUCUCUCAGAUUUCCAGACGCCUUCGUUUUCAGCACGGCGGGGCCCUGUUUUAUGGGACGUACCAACACCAGAUAGCACAGGCCAUAUGAACACGUUGCUAUCUACAUCUGCAAGUCGAAGCCCAGGGCCAAACUGAUAUAUAGGCCGCGUAACUCAGCCUGUUUUGUAUUAUACAUAAAUUACAUCACUGAGUUCAAGUUUUGGCACGAGACCAGACUGUGCCAUACGGGGUUUUUUGUGCAGUUUCGCUCAGCUCAAGUCACGGCAAAUUUUAUGAGAUGACGUAUUAUCUUUUGGUUAACUGCCAAAUUGUAGCAAAACGUGUAAUUUUUCUGACUUUUAUUUUUAUUACCACGUUUCCAUGAAUACAAAAGACGCCCCGCCAAUGUUCUUCAUGGUCAGGAGGUCAAACGUUGUAGCCACGAUCGUGCGUUUUGGGAUUUUUUUGCGUUAAUGACCCAUGAAAUUUGAAAAACUUUUUGGUCAACUGCCAAAUUUUAAGUUAACAUUUAAUUUUUUCUUAUUUUUAUCUUUUUAUUACAUUUCAAUGAAUACAAAAGACGCUCUACCUAUGUUCUUUAUGGUCAGGAGUUCAAACGUUGUAGCCACGAUUGUGCGUUUUGAGUUGUUUUUUUUGCAUUUGUGACCCAUGAAAUUUGAAAUACCUUUUGCUCAACUCCCAAAUUUUAACUAAGCAUUAAAUUUUUCUUAGUUUUAUCACAUUUCCAUGAAUACAAAAGACACCCAGCCAAUGUUCUUUAUGGUCAGGAGGUCAAACGUUGUAGCCACGAUUGUGCGUUUUUGUUGUUUUUUUUGCCUUAAUGACCCAUGAACUUUAAAUACCUUUGAAACGAUGCCUUGAACUGAGUAUUUGGUACAGUUUGAGAUGUGAUUGUAACUUAAAUAACUUCAUAAGCUCUAGUAACUGUUGCACUUUGUGAUGCACACGAGGCACUGUUGAUCUGUUUGUUUAUUUGUUUAUUAAAUGUCGUGGUUGCCGUGCGCUUUGCAUCUACAGUGUUUACUGAAACCAGAGAGGCCGCUUUCCUCAGCCGCUCUGUGGAACCAGGGUACAAGCCGCUCUCAGUAAUAAACAGAGCAUGGAAAUAGUCUGUGACGAGGCUGCGACCGCUUUGGACCUGUGAAAAAAAAAAAAAAGCGUUUAAGCGUUAAGGACAAUACAGAAAUAACAAAGACAAGCCCAGAUUACACUGAUUUCUAUGUUAUAAUGUCGUUUCCUCAUUGCAAACAGACCUCGAGUUGUGUUUUGUUUCAUUCACACAUGUUUAACACACAAACCCUGCACUUGAAACACUCCGUUCCACCUUGUGAUGUCAUCAUGUGGUGAUAAGGAAGUGCUCCGCUGUGUUUUUAAACUCCACCCACCUUCAUUUCUAGAAACAUUUGGAUAAUUUCAACUCCUUGAAUUGCCAAUUUUUGCUGAACUCAAGGUAAAAAAGUGGCUGUUAACUUGAAAAAAACGACCACUUUAUGACAUCACAAGGUGGAAUAGAGCGUUUUGAGCUGUGGAGAUUUACUCAAACAUGUGUGAAUGAAACAAAACACAACUCCAGGUCUGUUUUUGACACGCUAACAACAUUAUAACAUGGAUUAAAGCUCACGAAAGUCAAUUUUGUGUAACGUAGGACCUUUAAGAUCUAUUUAUCUUGAUUUUUAGUUUGUAGUUUUAGUGGAUUUUUGCUCAUUUUCGCACAUUCUCGCUCAUCCCAGUUCAAAACUCUAACUCAAAUCCACUCACUCCAAACCUGAAUAACACACAGAUUGCUGUACAGAGUCAAACGGCUAAAUUAGCAUCACUCACCAUCGCGUUUUCACAUCCAUUUUCUAUAAACACUUGCUCCAAACCUGUUGAAAUCGCUCUGGUUGGACUUAAACGCAAAGCUAAACAACUUCCUUAACAUCAUGAACCUGCCGACGCCGUACGCCCGACCUUAUGGACCGAGAUAAACAAGGCGUCGCCUGCGAUUACAUCAUCCGAAUUCACUCUACAUCAGCUUGUCAUUUAUCUGCAGUCAAUUCAGGGGCAAAGGUCCGACAGUUGUACAGUUACAGUAUUUUCAUCCAAACUGUGAACUCAAAGCUAAACGUGAUCGUGUGCAUGUUCGGAUUGUGUAUUUCGGUGUUUUCUCGCGGUGUCGUGCAUCGUCCUGGCAGUGGCCUUCGCUUACGCUUUCGUUAUUAUUCAUGGCUCCAUCGAUACUCUAUUAGCAAAGGAAAUUUAUAGUCGCCGUCCUCGCACCGCCUUAAGGACCCGGCUCUUUAUUUGCAGUGAUUCUUUGAGUGAUUAGCUAACAAGAACAUUCCAGAUUGCUUGAAAAGUAUCACAAAAGAAGCCAUUUUUUACCCAGUUUUGUUCUGGGUUAGCGUUAAUUACACUGCUGUCCACGCCGUGUGUUUUCAGUCUUAAAAACACGUCACAUUUUUGCACUUAUGUCUCGUACUGGGUCGUUACGAUGGACUGCAGCUGCCGUCACUGUUCACUUUGAAAAAAAAACAAAACAAAUAAAAACAUUAAAAUAUAACAGUUGCCAUGAUGAUGUAACGUGAUCAUCUCUGUCGUGUCUCGCCAACUUCCCUUUUUCCGGCUGGAACUAAAAAUAAAAUGAGAAUCUUUCAUCUUUUGCUCCAGUCUUGGUGUUGUUAGUGGUGAAAAUGUUUAUUAAUGUGAAUUCCUAUGACGAAUAAAUACAUAAAUAAUACUUUGGCCGUUGUUUGAAGAAAAAAAAAAAACGUUCAAAAGCUGUUCGGUUGUUCACAGCGGUAACACAUGCUAACCAGAGACUGUGUAAAUAAAUGGAUGUAGCUAACGAGCUAAUGAGCUAACGAGCUAACGCCGCGGUACAAAUAUGAGGUGAUCGAAGGUGUGACGAUCAUUUUAAUCACUCACUGAAACACAUGGAUCAAAUGUGACGUUUCAUCCAGUAACUUUCACAUAUUAUUAUUACUAUUAAUAUUAGUAGUGUUAGUUUCAGUAGUAGUAGUAUUAUUUAUUUAUGUAUUAUGUAUUUAUUUAUAUAUAUACAGAAUAUGCUUUUUUACAGAUGUCUAGUUUGCCUCCAGGUUUUCUCUUCUUCUCCUCCAGCUUCCCUCAUGUCUUUAUCAAGUUCUCCUCCACUUCUCCUCAUGUCUUUGUCUAGUUCUCCUCUUCUUCUCCUAAAGUUCUCCUCUAUUUCUCCUUAUGUCUUCAUCCAUUUCUUCUCCAAUUCUCCUCAUGUUUUUGUCCAUUUUUCCUUCUCUUCUCCUAAAGUUCUCCUCCAGUUCUUCUCAUGUCUUUAUCCAGUUCUCCUCUUGUUCUCCUCCAUUUCUCCUCAUGUCUUUGUCUAGUUCUCCUCCAGUUUUCCUCCAGUUCUCCUCAUGUCUUUGUUGAGUUCUCUUUCAGUUCUUCUCAUGUUUUGGUCCAGUUCUCCUCCAGUUCUCCUCAUGUCUUUGUCAAUUUUUCCUUCUCUUCUCCUAAAGUUCUCCUCUAGUUCUUCUCAUGUCUUUAUCCAUUUUUCCUCCAUUUUUCCUUCAGCUCUCCUCACAUCUUUGUCCAUUUCUUCUUCAGCUCUCCUCACAUCUUUGUCCAGUUCUCCUUCUCUUCUCCUAAAGUUCUCCUCUAGUUCUCCUCCUCUCCUAGUCUUUCACUCAUCCUUUUGUUCUUAAAUGUUCGUAUUAACCCUCUACAUGAUCCACUUUUGUGUCUGUAAAUCAAGAUAAGAACAUUAAUAUCAGACAAAUGAGGCGUCUUCUUUCCCUGAGGUCACUCCUGGUCGCGUUAGCAACAGGUUUCAUUGACAGCGUUCAACAGCCUCUCUCCUGAUUGGCUCUUCUGUUGCUAUGACCUUCAUCCGCCUCGAGCUGAACGCCGUGUUUGACGUCGCGCUCGCUCAGUCCGUUUCUUUACACAGUCGACGAUUCAAACCGUGUUGAAUGUUUCUACCGUCUCUUUUUCCGCUCUCUCCGCACAAACCGCUGUGUAUAUGAAGCCUGUUACUGCAAAUCUGGUGUUUGUUAUUUAUGAAAAUGUGCAAAGUGAACUGUAUGUGCCGUCAUGUUCCAAUGGAAAUAAAUGAUGUAAUGUCCUGA